AUGCUCAUUAAUAGGGUUCAAAUGGACCGAUUGAUCGUAGUUCUAAUCAGAUUGAUCUUACUGUGGCGGGCGCCUCUUUCUUUGUGUCGUCGCUGCGAUUCCUCUGACUACGAUUUUGAGUACACUGAGUGCAGUGCGGAUGGAUCACGAUGGAGGGUAGCGAUACCACAUCAGAUCGGAGCUUGUGAAGGACUGCCUGAACCGACACGUGGACUGAAUUGCUCAUUCUCGUGUUCUUCCGGAAACUACCUGGAUAUAGUGACGCAGUCCUGCAGACCUUGUGCACCAGGACAAUAUAGUCUUGGAGGCGGGUCACGUUUUGAAGAGUUCUACACGCUGCCGUCUGGCUUCUCAAUCGAAAACUUCGAUCCUGGUUCAGUAAGCUUUGACGACACUACACCGUUGAACACUGAACCGUGUCCGCCUGAAGCCGGGUGGAUUGUUCGAGAUGCUGAGUUGCUGUAUGUGCCAUCGCCAUGUGUCUCUCGACUGUCAUUUUCCGCAAAACUCGUAAGGCCUGGUUUUGUGGAUUUCUCCUAUCGAAUGCCGAAGAACAACAAGGUUUUGUCUCUCCACGUUGAUGUGCGCAAUCAACAGUGUCAGAGCUACAGAGAAGCUAUGCAAUCCAUGCUAACUAAAUACAGCGGCAGCAGUCGCAGUCAUAAAGAGGAAUCAAACGGCGAUUGGCAAAAACGAACAGUUGACCUCAGAACAGGGGCAAACGUCAUCAGCUGGACUGUCACAAACAGUGGUGGUGCAAAGGUGUCAUCAGAGCCAAUUCGAAUCUCGAGGAUUGACAUUCUCGGCCUCGCAUUCACAAGAGAGUGUUCUCUUUGUCCGGCUGGCACAUAUUCUCAAACGGGGGCAGUCGAGUGCAUCCCAUGCGCUCCAGGAUACUUCGCACCUAAGGGAGCCGACAAAUGUGGACGUUGCCCACAGACGCAAUUUUCAGGACCGAAAUCGGACCGUUGCUAUGAUCGGCCAGCGUGUCGUCACUCCGACUACUACCCAGUGACUGAACCGUGUAUUAAUGGAACUACGCGUACUACUUACAAGAAAGUACAGCCAGCUAUUUGCAGGGAAGACCUCCCUGGCGCUGCCACGUUGCCUUCUCCGAGUGGGACUCGACCGUGUCCCCCAUGUAAUCCAGGAAUGGCCAAGGAUGCAAAUGGAGUGUGCGCGUUUUGCCCUGCAGAGCAUUUUUCACAAGGAAUUGCCUGCGUUCGUUGUCCCGUUGAGACAGUGCCGAAUUAUGGUUACGAGUACGUACAGUGGGACGCAAUUCCUCCGAACAUCGUCACGAGAUGCGAAUAUAUCAGCGAAGAAGUGUCGACUAUUUGCGAUAUCGGUGAAGCUUGGUUAGCAUCUGGUACAGCUCUUGUUUCCGCCCCUUCAUUGCAAAAAGGGAUUGCGUUGGAGCUGGAGCUUACCGUUGCCGAAGGGUUCUCGAAUCCUAUGGCUCCGAGAGAUUUGCCGGGAACGCCUCAAGCCCCUGUUGCACACUUCUCAAUUGUAUUCGAAACCACUUGUGCAGACAGUUCCUGUGUGCUCUACAUGAUUGAGAGCCCCAUGGAACGAUCCAAAACAUCCAAGUAUCGUUUCCUCGCUUCUUUCAAUGGAAGUCAGCCACGACGUGUCUGGUCGCAUAGCAUCUUCAAGCUUAACAGCGCUAGAUUUAUGGUCGCCUUCCUUCGUUCUGGCUCGACGUCUGGCGAUGAUUCGGUCAUGGAUCAGGCACGUAUCUUGUCUAUGAACGUCACUAACGUUGGUAUGAAAGGAGGUGUACAAGGAGGUGGUGCCAGCCGAUGUUUACCCUGCCCAACUGGAAGGUUUGGAAAGUGCAUACCAUGUCCUCCCGGGCAUUUUAUGACCGCAAGGACCCAUGAAUGUGUUCUUUGCCCGCCUAACACCGUUGCUAAUGCGUCUUCGGAGCGAAUUGGAAUUGAGAGUUGUAUUACUUGUGGCGAAAAUUUGCACUCGGUCGAUGGAAUCGCGUGUACAUCGGAAGGAUUUCUAUCUGUAACCAGAGAUAACAGGACACUCAGUUACGACUUAUCGUCCUGGGUGAAAAAAUCGUGGACAACCACUGCUGUGAAGGUUUUUGCACGAGAAGGGGCCUCAUACUAUCACAUGUUCAACUUCUCAUUAUUCGGUGAAAAAGUCCAAUGUCAAGAGGUUUACGAUUCCGGUGACGCUUUUUCAACAAAUGACCAGAGUCGCGACGUGGUAACGGGAACUGCUUGCAGACUUACUGUCUUGCCAGACAUUGGAAGCAAUCGUACCAAACUUGCAUUUGUUUCUCCCCUGUUAUUGGCCACCCGUCUUGGAGAAAUUAGUUUGAGGAGGAACCGAGAUGGCUGGACACUAACGGAUCAACUACUCGAAUACGAAGGAGUUGAGGAAACAUCUCGUCCAAUUGACAUCCACUUCUGGUUCGACUCUGUUGGUGUACCUUCGGAAGGGUGCCCAAGGGGUAACGCAUUGAUCAUCACCGCAAGGUGCAUGCCAAGCAAAAAACAACUGGAGAUUCGACUUCCUCACACAUGUCCGGAUGGCACUUGUGACGGAUGUCUUUUUCAUGCCAUUGUGGAAUCGGUACAGGCCUGUCCUAUUUGUGGCAUCGGUGACUACGACAUGAUUCGAGGCGAAUGCGUCGAAGGACAGCAGACAAUUCAUUACAUUCCUGAUAAGCACUGUGUGCUUACUGGAAAAGAGGCGCAAUCUAGGAAAGAGGCAUGUUCGUCUCUCUCGCAAAAGGAGAAAUUGUUCCUUGGAUUUGGACUGACAAUGUUCUUCAUCCUGUGUAUCGCCCUCGUGAUCAUCUGCCAAAGGAACAGAAGAUUGGAGUACAAGUACACUCGAUUGGUUGAGUCAAGAAAUGGAGAGCUACCUACUGCAGAAACAUGUGGCUUGGAAGAUGAUGAGGAUGAUGAGGCUGCCGACAGAGUCAUAUUUGCUAAAGGAAAACGGAAAAUCUUUGGUGGUCGUGACACGGAAGCAUUCGUUCCACUGGAAAAUGAGGACUGA